UAGAUUUGAUAAAUGGAAUUGGAAACCAUGAAAGGUUGUAUUCAACUGUAUCAGAGAUGGACUGGUAAAACUGUUCAUAGAAGACAAGUGGCAGCAACAACUCCUCUAUCCAUGCAACCCAAACCAUAAAGAUUGACUAGUGUUUGUUAUAUUAUUGCCCUAAUAAAUCAAAACCUAAUCUGCCAAAUUGAAAAUAAAAUCAUGCAAUGCCUUUGCAUCCAUGUAUAAAAAGGUACCUAUGCCACCAUCUCUGGCAUUACAACCUCACUUACAGUUUUUCCAUAAACAUUGAAUUCUAAGGAAUGGAGAAUCUCAAGAGCAGCCUCAUGCAUUGCUUGUUUUGCUAUUUCCUAUUAUGGCUUUCCUUUCUCUUCAGCUACACUAAUGCGGAAGUUCACUAUCAUAAUUUUAAUAUCCAAGCAACGCCAGUGAAGAGGUUGUGCAAAACACAAAAAAUUAUUACCGUGAAUGGGCAGUACCCAGGACCAACAUUGGAAGUUAGGAACGGAGACACUCUAAUCAUCAAUGUCGUCAACAAUGUCAAAUAUAAUAUCACUAUUCACUGGCAUGGAGUGAGACAGAUGAGAACACCUUGGGCAGAUGGGCCGUCAUAUGUAACUCAGUGCCCCAUUAUGCCUGGUGGGAGCUACACAUACCGAUUCACCAUCCAGGACCAAGAAGGCACACUGUGGUGGCAUGCACACGCCUCCUGGCUAAGGGCCACUGUUUAUGGUGCUCUCAUCAUCUUACCAAAGGAGGGCUCCUCCUAUCCCUUCCUGAAACCCCAUAAAGAAGUUCCUAUCAUUAUCGGAGAAUGGUGGAAUACUAACCCACUGAAUGUCUUGAGAAGAUCAAUGAUAACAGGAGCAGCUCCAAACAUCUCCGAUGCCUUCACCAUUAAUGGUCAGCCUGGCGAUCUCUACAACUGCUCCAGCAACAAAGAGACAUUCAAAAUUCCAGUGGCUGCUGGAGAGACCGUUCUCCUCCGUUUCAUCAAUGCGGCCAUGAACAUUGAGAAUUAUAUUGCCAUUGCUGGACACAAAAUGACUGUCGUCGCAGCUGAUGCUUCCUACACCAAGCCAUUCACAACUACAGUGAUGAUGAUGGGCCCAGGACAAACAACAGAUGUCUUGGUCACCAUGGACCAGCAACCAGGCCGCUACUACAUCGCUGCCCGGGCAUAUGCCAGUGCACAAGGUGUAACAUUCGACAAUACCACAACAACUGCAAUCAUUGAAUACAAUGAUUACCCCUCCACAGGAGGUCAAGUUCCGUCACCAAGCCUACCCAAUCUUCCAGCCUUUAAUGACAAUUCACCUGCUACAGACUUCAGUGCUGGCAUCAGGAGCCCAUCAAGAGUCAAGCUUCCAGAGCCAGUGAAUGAACACCUCUUCUUCACUGUGGGGCUGGGACUCUUCAACUGCAAACCCAAUCAAAUAUGUGGAGGUCCAAAUGGCUCCCGUUUUGGGGCAAGUAUGAACAAUGUGUCCUUUGUGCUGCCAAAGAGGUUGUCCCUACUGCAGGCCUACUACCUCAGUGCCCCCAAAGUUUACACCACUGACUUCCCAGCGUACCCUCCUGUCCAGUUUGACUACACUGGAAACAACAUAAGCAGGGCUUUAUCGCAGCCGGUGAGGGGUACCAAGGUAUACAAACUCAAGUACGGCUCCGUGGUGCAACUGGUGCUUCAGGGCACUAACAUUGCUAAUGCAGCUGAGAACCAUCCCAUGCAUCUUCAUGGUUACCACUUCUAUGUCCUUGCACAAGGGUUCGGCAACUUCAAUGCAGCAACAGACACUGCCAAAUUCAACCUUGUGGACCCUCCACUCAGGAACACUGUAGGUGUUCCAGUGAAUGGCUGGGCAGUGAUCCGAUUUGUGGCCGAUAAUCCAGGAGUCUGGUUCAUGCAUUGCCAUUUGGAUGUUCACAUUACCUGGGGUCUGUCAAUGGUAUUCCUGGUGGAGAAUGGAGUCGGAGAACUGCAGACCUUGGAGCCCCCUCCGGUAGAUCUUCCACGCUGUUAG